GAAAUGGAUUCGUUCGACAUGGAGGACGAGCUUGUAAACAGGCAGGAGCUUCGUCGACUAAAUGAGUGCCUAGGAAGCCAAGAGAAACUCCGUAAGUACCUGGAAAGCAAUAUUUUGCCCCUUGUGGUGAAAAAAAUCAAGUACACAAGAUUCCUUCCCCAGUUUGGUUUCUUCCUGAGCCACAAGUCCAAGGACAAGCCAUUGAUGAGAACCUUUCGUAAUGGUCUCAAGUUUCUGGGCUAUCAGACGUGGUUAGACGAAGAAGACAUGCCAAUGGGUGGUUUGGUAGGAGCGCUCAAGGUGGCCGUCGAGAAAUGCGAUUGUUUCGUAGCAUGGCUGAAUCAGGAGUACUUUGAGAGCGAUUACUGUAAAGCGGAGCUUUUGCAUGCUAGAAGGAAUGGGAAAAUUAUUAUUCCCUUUGGAGUGUACGGUAAAAUUAAAGAACACUUGACAGGAGAAUUCGAAUUCUUAACCGACCUCUACAUUUAUAACACAACAAUAUCAUCCUUCUUUGAGGUCCUUCGACGCAUCGACGAGUCUUUGUUCAACUUUGAGUCGCUAACAAAGUAGCAACUCGACAUGACUUCGAACGAGUUAUCACGGCAACUUAUACAAUGUAGUAUGGAGAGUAUGGAGCAUACUUUAAACAUAACGAAACUGCAGUGAUGUAGAUACUUUGAAAUUGUUAUGGUGCAUAUAAAAAUACAUGAAAAUACUAUUUUUGGCGAGAUUUAAUUUUGAAAUGUUUUGCCAUUUUUUUCGUGCUUGAUCCACAAAAAUGUUCAAGUUUCUAGCUGACAACCAGCUGGGCGCAUUAAUGACACAGCCGUGUGCAUGAAUAACGUGGAAAAUGUAUCUUGUUUAAUUUUUGAUUGUCCGGCUUUGAAAAAUAAACAUAGAAUAGAAUGGAGUAAAGUGUGA